AUGGACCCAAACUAUAACCAAUACGCUGCGCAGGCCCUCAUGGACCAAGGGUACUGCGACGCCCGAAAAUCGAUACACGAUGCUAUGCCGGUGGUAGACUUUCAGCUCGAAGAUCAUAGAGUGGUCUACGUAGAACAACCUCGCUCGUGGAGAAUUACACGAACGAAUUCCACUGAAGAACAAAACUUCUACGUGUACGGCGCAAUAUGCAGAAACGAAUUGCCGCCUAUUAAAUUAAGUGACGCAACACCGUCUAUGAAGAAGAAAGCGAUAUAUCUUCGACAGGGAGUUAGAAUUACCGGACUGCGGAGCAACGGAUUCAACGACGAUGCGGUUAGUAUAAAGCAUGUACACGAGAUGAUGAAGACAUACCUCAAAAAGGAAGACAUAGAGGUAAAGCCGUGGAACUUAAGCAUGUACGAAGGUCAUUGGGCGGUCGACGCAAGUACGCGUUACUUCACACCUAGAAAGCAUGCGCCGACAGAAGCAGGACUGGCGUUCGAUAUGGGUGUAGAUCCAGACGGCGUGUUGGCGCACAUGAGAGGAGACGAUCUCAUACACACCAUGGACAACAAGGUCGACUAUUUGCGAGAAGUCAAAAACGAUAACGGUACAAGGUGA